AUGUGGAAGCUAGAUUUACUUGAAGCGAAGUACCAUGGGUCAAAUCCAAGAUUUCCUCAUACAAAGAAGCUUUUAUCAGCUAGAAACAAUAAUAAACUUUUGAAGAAGUUAUCACAAUCAAGGGACGAAGCUGAAAAGGAGAUCCUAGCAUUGAAAGAAGAUCAUUUCCAUAAGAAAUACUAUGGAGCUCAUAAAAAAUUAAAUAAAGAAGUUAAUAAGCAUGUUAAAUCUGAUGUUAAUAAAUGGAAAGGUGAUGAUUCAAAAAAAGGUCUACUUGAAUUUUUUGAGGUUGAGGAGAGAAUUCAAGAAUUGAUAACUUCCAAGCUUAUUAAAUGUAUUGCGUCUUCAAUUUUGAUCAAUAAGGACUUGAAAUCUGCCCCACCUAAAUACAUACCAUCGGAUAUUCGGAGUAUAAUUAUUGAUAAGUCGCAUAAAUCAAACCCAUCAGCAUUUUUCAUAAAUUAUUGUCAGAACAAUAAAGAUUUGAACAAUUAUAUAUCCAAUUUAUGGAAUUCAAAAUCAAUUAAGCCUUUACUAAGUGAAAUUGAGUGGUCAUUCAAAAUGGUGAGAGGUGAUUUAACUAAAUUUGAAAGAGAUGCCAGGAAGAAAGUAGUUGGCAAAGACAUCCAAACAGACUUUAAUGAAGAUAAGAAAGAGUCUACUCAAAGCGAUAGUGAUGAUGACUCAGCCAUUUCUGAAGGUGAUUUGUCUAAUAACGAAAAAGAGGUUGGAGACAAUGAAAGUAUAGAUGCGGAAGAUGUGUUUGAGAAAUUUGCCGUAUACGAUAAUUUAGUAGUCGAUUCAGAUGAAGAAGAACAAAAGUUCGAUUUAGAUCCAAACGUAGAUUAUAAUGAAGUGACAGAUGAAGAGUCUUCAGAUAUAGAAGAUGGCAUGAAUGAAACUGCCGAUGAUUCAGAUGACAGUUUCUUCGAAGAAAAUGACCGUGAGGCCAAGACCUCCACCAAACGAGAAUAUAAUUUACCACAAUUAGCAACUGGUUAUUUUUCUGGUGGUUCGGAUGAUGAAGAUGAUGAUGAAAUUGACAAUGAUAAUGUUGUUAAAGAAGCUACCACUCAACGUAAAAAUAGAAGAGGCCAAAGAGCAAGGCAGAAGAUAUGGGCCCAAAAGUACGGUAAAGAAGCCAAGCAUGUCAAGAAAGAGCAGGUCAUAAUUGCUAGUGAAAGAGAACGUAAAAGGUUAGAGUACGAAGAAAGAUGCAAAAAAAGAGAAUUAAAGGCUAAAAUUAAUAGCGCUCCUACUGGCUCAAAUACUGCCCCAUUGGCUGAAAGAAGACCACGCAGUAAUACUGAAGAUAAGGUCGAGAAACCAGUUGAAAUUUCUAAGCCUAUCGAAAAAGAACAUCCUUCUUGGGUAGCAAAAAGACUCGCUGAAGAAAAGCAAAAGAAUGCCAAAUUCCAAGGUACAAAGAUAAAGUUUGACUGA